CCGGUGCGUUACCUCAUAGAGGGGCGGUCAAUGGAGUCAAGCCGUCGCGUUAAAAAGUAGUUUUUAGCAAACUAAUAAACUGAAACCUUAGAUGAAGCAUCAAGUAGUAAUGCAUUAGUUAUAAUGACUCCAAAGGAAUUGGUUUAUAGUUGAAGUUUUAGCUAGUUCAUUUCGGUUAGACAAGUUAGCCAGCUAGCUAACCUCUUCGACUUCGUGCCAACAGAAAAGGCCUCGCCGCUUUCAACAAGGCCAAGCUAGCUAGCUAUCUAACCUGCAUAGGGACUUAAUACACUCAAAACGUUUAAGUGUACUGUUGUUUUACAUUUAUUGGCCAUAUGUCGGAAGAGAGCGCAUUGGUAAUGCAACAGAAUUUGGACAGGAGCUGCUGGGUGUGCUUUGCCACGGACGAGGAUGACCGCACGGCGGAGUGGGUGCGUCCGUGUCGCUGCCGCGGCUCCACCAAGUGGGUGCACCAGGCGUGUCUGCAGCGCUGGGUGGACGAGAAGCAGAGGGGCAACAGCACGGCCCGCGUGGCCUGUCCUCAGUGCAACGCCGAAUACCUCAUCGUCUUCCCCAAGCUGGGGCCGGUGGUGUAUGUGCUAGACCUGGCUGACCGGCUCAUCUCCAAGGCCUGUCCCUUCGCUGCCGCUGGCAUCAUGGUGGGCUCCAUUUACUGGACCGCUGUCACCUACGGGGCCGUCACUGUCAUGCAGGUGGUGGGCCAUAAGGAGGGCCUGGAUGUGAUGGAGCGGGCAGACCCCCUGUUCCUGCUUAUCGGCCUGCCCACCAUCCCCGUCAUGCUGAUCCUGGGGAAGAUGAUCCGCUGGGAGGACUACGUGCUGCGCUUCUGGAGGAAGUACUCCAACAAGCUGCAGAUCCUCAACAGCAUCUUCCCAGGUCAGAAAGGACACAUUGGGAUUGGGUGUCCAGUGCCUCGUAUCCCGGCAGAGGCCAGCCCCCUGGCGGACCACGUGUCAGCCACCAGGAUCCUGUGUGGCGCCCUGGUCUUUCCCACCAUCGCCACCAUCGUUGGCAAACUCAUGUUCAGCAGCGUCAACUCCAACCUGCAGAGGACCAUCCUGGGUGGGAUCGCGUUUGUGGCCGUCAAGGGAGCGUUUAAGGUGUACUUCAAACAGCAGCAGUACCAGAGGCAAGCCCACCGCAAGAUCCUCAACUUCCCAGAGGCAGAGGAGGCCUGAGAAGGCCCUGGACAGGCACACUGACACACAGGGGGAGUGGAUGGAGAAGAACAGUGAACUCUGAGCAGGAACACUGUCGGACAGACAGAUUGACGGACACGGGGAUCAUUGGCGCCCCCUACCUCUUAUACCCCUCCGAGCAGCCUCGCCUCACAUGUUUCUGCUCUCUGUGGAGUCGUUGUCCUAUGCUGCUGACAUUCAUGCUGUAUGACUAUCGCCAUAAUCUAUUGCGUUUUUAAAACUUUAACACACGUACACUAAUACAGACAUGCGUGCAGGCAGAGACACAUGCUCAUGCAUAUUGCACACAGGAAUGUGACUUGUGUUUUUGUGACUGCUGUGUUGCAGUAGCGAGUUUGGAGUAUUAUAUUAUUUAUUUUUUUACAUAACCAGUGCUUGUUGUAUUUUCAGAAGAUAAAUCUGGGACACGUGUAAUUAUUAGGCAGGAAAGUUUUAUAAAUCAUUUUUGAAAUUUUGUUUGCAAAUGUGAGGGGUUUAAUGAGGAAUAUUGUUUUCCUGUAUUGCAUGUGUUUUAAGAGAUAAAUAAGACUAAAGUAUCUUUAUCACUAAGAGAUUAUUAUUUGAAGGAAGGAAGAUCAUCUUACCUGCUCCCUUCAGACAUUGUUGCCACUCAUGUUUCCAUUGGUAAAUAUCCCCAGGCUUGUGACUGAAAAUACAUGGUCAUCAUCAUUAAUCUCCUAUUUAGAAGCACAGUACAAACCUCGUAACAAAGUGUGAUUGUCUGUACAUACAGUAGUUGCAGAAUAAGUGAAGUAUUGGAUGACAUUUUUUAGGGUGUGUUUUUACUCCUAUGCCUUGAAGUGUUCGCAUUCAUUGUUUGUAGAUGAUUUUGUUUAAUUGUUGGUACUUAACCCUAAUUGCUCCUGUAAGUCGCUCUGGAUAAGAGCGUCUGCUAAAUGACUAAAAUGUAAUCUAUAAGCAUCUAUAAUCCUACAGCUCACUUCUACCUUUCAUAUGAAAUACUCAAUAAGAAUCAGUGCACAGAUGUCUUCUACUCAUGGGAUGAGCACGAAUGUGAUGUGCAAGCCCGCAGUUGGGAGGUGGGUAAAUGGAUCAUAUAGAUCUGACACAUGCAGCAUUGCCUUUUAAAUUAGCAAAAAUUGAUGGCAUGCUGUCUACUGAACGAAGGCGUGACUGACUCGUGUAACAUCUCAUAUUUUAACCCAAAUCACAUACGCCACAGAUACAUCCUUGCUAACACCUGCUUUGUUUAUUUUAGUGCAUUUGGCUCAAGGCAGUCAUAGAAUGGGAUGUAAUUACAACUAUAUUUCUAGAAGUGCUCUAGAACUAUAUAGAACCAGUACACAGGUGGUCCAGUGGUCUAAGCCGCUGCAAUAUGGGUUUGAAUCUGGUCCACUGCUAUUUGUAGCAACUCUCCAUCUAUCCUGUCCAAUAAACAAAAAAUGUGAGUGGAACUGCCCCACUCAUUAAAAAAACAAACGGUAUACAAUAUACGACUUGAAAAAAGGCAUGCCAUAAACCAACCACUAGAAUAUUUUAUGUUAAUCUCUCUCUUAGCUGUGUCUGGUAGACAGAUGUAAUCUCUGUGGUCAGCUCAGCUUUUAAAUUCAAGGUAAAAAAACAACAACAUUAUGCUAAGAGUGAGGAAGUUGUAUAUUACAUGGAUUGUACAGACAUUGCUUCUAAAUUUAUAAUUUCAUGAUCGAUUAUAAAUGUAUUUUUUCUAA